AUGUCCACCAAGACGCAGAAGCCCGCCGGCAAGACCACCCGCAGCGCCAUCGCCGACGUCGUCGCUCGCGAAUACACAAUCCACCUGCACAAGCGCGUCCAUGGCGUGAGCUUCAAGAAGAGGGCGCCGCGCGCCAUCAAGGAGAUCCGCGCUUUCGCUGAGAAGGCUAUGGGCACCAAGGACGUCCGUCUCGACCCCCAGCUGAACAAGAAGGUCUGGGAGUGCGGUAUCAAGGGCGUUCCCUUCCGCCUCCGUGUCCGCAUCUCCCGCAAGCGUAACGACGAGGAGGGCGCCAAGGAGAAGCUGUACUCGUACGUCCAGGCCGUCAACGUCAAGGAUGCCAAGGGCCUGCACACCACCAUCGUCGAGGACCAGUAA